AUGUCUUCCUCUCUUGCGAGAGCACUGCGCCCGGCGGUCCGGGUAAGCCAGAGGGGACUGGGCGGUCUGCGCGCAACCCCCAGAGUAGCACGUCCUGUCCAAAGGCUUGCCAAUGCACAGAGUGCCCGUUCUUUGUCCAACACCCCGCGCCUGCUGUCCGACAUGAUGGAGAUUCCUCCCACGCCCAUAACACACUUGUCCGAGGUCGAAACCGCAAUGCAGGAGUCAGUAUCCAAGUUCGCCAACGACGUGAUCCUGCCCAAGGUCCGAGACAUGGAUGAGGCCGAGAAGAUGGACCCCGCCAUAGUCGAGCAGCUCUUUGAGCAAGGUGUGAUGGGCAUUGAGAUUCCAGAGGAGUACGGUGGCGCCGGGAUGAAUUUCACUGCCGGUAUCCUCGCCAUUGAGGAGCUGGCGCGUGUGGAUCCCUCCGUCAGUGUGCUCGUCGACGUCCACAACACGCUGGUCAACACCGCCAUCCUCAAGUGGGGAAGCAAGGACCUCCAGAAGCGGUUCCUGCCCAAGCUUGCCACCAACACGGUCGGGUCCUUUUGUCUGUCGGAGCCUGUUUCCGGGUCUGAUGCUUUCGCGCUGGCCACCAAGGCCACCGAGACCCCGAACGGAUACAAGAUCUCGGGCUCCAAGAUGUGGAUCACCAACUCUAUGGAGGCGAACUUCUUUAUUGUCUUCGCCAACUUGGACCCCAGCAAGGGGUACAAGGGCAUCACUGCGUUCAUCGUCGAGAGGGAGAUGAAGGGUUUCUCCAUCGCCAAGAAGGAGAAGAAGCUCGGCAUCAAGGCCAGCAGCACAUGCGUCAUCAACUUUGAUGAUGUCGAGGUCCCCAAGGAGAACCUCCUCGGAAAGGUGGGCGAGGGCUACAAGUAUGCCAUUGCCCUCCUGAACGAGGGCCGGAUAGGUAUUGCGGCACAGAUGACCGGGCUCGCGCUGGGCGCAUGGGAGAAUGCUGCCCGGUAUGUAUGGAAUGACAGGAAGCAGUUCGGCCAGCUGGUUGGCGAGUUCCAAGGCAUGCAGCACCAGAUUGCGCAGUCGUACACCGAGAUUGCUGCUGCGCGGGCGCUAGUGUACAAUGCCGCCCGGAAGAAGGAGGCUGGCGAGGAGUUUGUCAGGGAUGCGGCCAUGGCCAAGCUGUUCGCCUCCCAGGUGGCCGGUAGGGUCAGUGGGCUCGCGGUUGAGUGGAUGGGAGGCAUGGGCUUCGUGAGAGAGGGGCUUGCUGAGAAGUACUGGCGAGACAGCAAGAUUGGUGCUAUUUACGAGGGAACAAGCAACAUCCAGCUGAACACCAUUGCAAAGCUGCUGCAGAAGGAAUACACGGCAUGA